UGGAGCUUGCCUAGAAACCCGAAGUUGAAUUGCAUUGAAUUCUGUCGCUCAGAAAUGAGCGUUUGAUUUAGAAAAGUUUCCUCAACUGACCUCUCAAAGACAUAAUGUUGAAUAAAAUACAUGUUUAAUGUACUUUACCGUAAAUCUGAACGCACUAUCAGGGCUUUAAACAGUUGUAGCCCGAUUGCACUUUACUGUGGAUAUGUCUCACAUUCCUAUCGCCAAAUGGACCCAUUUUUUAUUUAACCAGGCAAGUCAGUUAAGAACACAUUCUUUAUUUACAAUGACGGCCUACACCGGCCAAACCCGGGCCAAUUGUGGCUUGUAGAGGUUGCGAGAGCAAACUUUCCUUCUUCAAACGCUCAUUUCUGCGCGACGAAUCUUCGAGUUUCCAGGUAGGUUAAGGGUGGGGCAUAAACUACUAUUAUCAAAUGCAGCUUUCGACUUUACACUUCCUGUUCCACUGUACGCUGGAUACGAACACAUCACACAAUGGCGACCAAUGAAUGGAAAAAAAGAUGCGAGACAGAGUGGAAUAUCAAAGGCAUUUCGAUGCCCGAUGGAGUGGAUUGGAAGUUCGUCUACGAAGCGAAGCCGUUCGGUCGAAAUUUGUUGAGAAAUCCUGCACCUCACGGUGUGAGUCAGGACUCCUCUCCUCCAGAGCGUGAACUGACAGAGUUUCCUCCAGAAGGACCUCCUCGCUCUGAACCAGAGGGUGACUAUACUGGCUGGACCACCAGCAGAGAGGACCUUGGUUAUGAUGCCAGCGGCGUACCACCAGGGGUCACCAUCUGUUACCUGCCUAACUACAGCUGGUUUACCUUGGAGCAAAGAGUGGACCUAAAGGCUGAGGGAGUAUGGGACGAGCUGUUGGAUAGUUUCCAACCUGACAUCGUCAUCAAAGACUGGUAUGAGGAGAGCCAACUGCACGAGUCCAUCUACCAGCUGCAGGUGAGGUUGCUGGGAACAGAUGGACAGACGGUCAUCUCCGAAUACGUCAUGAGCCCUACUGAGGAGCUUAGUGAAUACUCCCACAACUGGAAAGAGGUGUCCCAUGUGUUCUCAGACUACGGGCCUGGGGUGAGGUAUGUCCACUUCCUCCAUAGACUGAAGAACAAAUUCAUGGUGGAGUUCUUCCCCACCCUUGUCACAGGAAGUACUGUCCUUGUCAAGCCAAGCAAAUCCAGCCGAUAGAAAACCUUCUAAAGGACCACAAUGGACAAUUUGGAAGUGAUAUCCACAAUGGACCAUGUGUCCAAUGUCCAUAUUGUCAGUCAUUGGUAGUGGAAAUGUAGGUCAUAUUCUACAUUACAAAGCACUUUUGAAAAUAAAAUAAAGAAUCCAUCUUUAAUGAAAAA